CAGGGGCUUGCUCUUGCAAAACCAAACCACAAGUCCGACUCAACGAAGAAGGCACAGCUCUACCAUGCCCAGCUCAGCACUGCUCUAUUGCCUGAUCUUCCUGGCAGGGGUGGCAGCCAGCAUUAAGUCUGAGAACAGCUGCAUCCACUUCCCAACCAGCCUGCCCCACAUGCUCCGGGAACUCCGAGCUGCCUUCGGCCCAGUGAAGAGUUUCUUUCAAACGAAGGACCAGAUGGGCGACUUGUUGCUGACCGGGUCUCUGCUGGAGGACUUUAAGGGUUACCUGGGUUGCCAAGCCUUGUCAGAGAUGAUCCAGUUUUACCUGGAAGAUGUAAUGCCGAAGGCAGAGAGUGAUGGGGAGGAUAUCAAGGAGCACGUGAACUCCCUGGGGGAGAAGCUGAAGACCCUCAGGCUGAGGCUGCGGCGCUGUCAUCAAUUUCUGCCCUGUGAAAACAAGAGCAAGGCCGUGGAGGAGGUGAAGAGUGCCUUUAGCAAGCUCCAAGAGAGGGGUGUCUACAAAGCCAUGGGUGAGUUUGACAUCUUCAUCAACUACAUAGAAGCCUACAUGACGAUGAAGAUGAGGAAGAACUGAAGCAUUCUAGGGAAACCAAAGAAAAACCUUCCAGGAUGACGACUCUACUAAACUCUAGGAUACAAAUUGGAGACUUUCAAAAUCUGCUCCAAGGUUCCCGGGGAGCAGAACCAGCACCCUGGGAAACCCUGCUGUACCUCUCCCCUGAGAUAUUUAUUACCUCUGAUACCUCAGCUCCCAUUUCUAUUUAUUUACCGAGCCUCUCUGUGAACUAUUUAGAAGAAGAACAGUAUUAUACUUUUUUCAGUAUUUAUUAUUUUCACCUGUGUUUAAGCUUUCCAUAGGGUGUGCCCUAUGGUGUUCAACUGUUUUAAGAAAAUUGUAAGUUAUAUAAGGGGGGAAAAAAUGUUCCUUCAGGAGCCAACUGCAGCUUCCAUUCCAAGCCUAACCACCCGGGAAAGCUAGUGGGCUAUUUGUCCUGACUGCCUCCCACUUUCUCUUGUCCCUGGGCUGGGGCUUCCGGAGUGUGACAAAGUCGCUUACACUCAUAGGAAGAGAAGCUAGGGAGCCCCUUUGACAGCUAAUAUUCCGGUGGCCCUGAGGGAUUCCCCUGACCUCAUUCCCCAAACACUUCAUUCUUGAAAGCUGUGGCCAGCUUGUUAUUUAAAACAACCUAAAAUUGGUUCUAAUAGAACUCGGUUUUAACUAGAAGCAAUUCAAUUCCUCUGGGAAUGUUACAUUGUUUGUCUGUCUUCAUAGCAGAUUUUAAUUUUGAAUAAAUAAAUGGUCUUAUUC